UACGCUAAGAGGCGUUACAUAAUUUUGACAGCAAUCAGCUGGAAUCUAUGACAGAAAACCAAAACAAACCCAUUCAAAAGGCAAGCAAAUAUGGGCAGCGCCGCCCCAAACACGGGAAAAAUGAAAACAAACUUCGUGCCUCGGGUGAAUCAGACUCCAUACAGCUCGACAAUGAAAUAACAAACCUCCUCCGCCAGCAGAUACAGAACAUACUACAGGUCCUACCGCCCGGACUACUGAGCCACCUUCAGCCGGAGAUAAAUUUUGCCCUAAACUCAGCCCUUUGGAACUUUUCCAUCCGCACACACUAUGCCACCUUCGGCCAGCAGAUGCUGUCGAUCGCGUACGAAAAAGAUCAACUGCCAUCGGCAAAGCUAGCACUUCACUACCUCCUCACGACGGUGCUACCGUACGCCAAAGAAAACGCUCAAUUUCGCCUAACCAACUGGUCGCGGGUGCAAAAGCUCCUCCAGCUAGCGGAAAACGCACUGGUUCUGUUCAAUCUGGUUAACUUUUUCAAGUUUCUCCGCUCCGGUACGCGACCCUCGCUGGUGGAUUGUUUGCUGCGCAUUAACCACCGCUCGCUGGACGGUGCGAAGCGACGCACGAUCGGCUACUCGUACAUGACGCGCGAGCUGGUUUGGGCUGGCUUUCUGGAGCUGCUCGGAUUUACGAUCCCGUUCGUGAACUAUCACGCGCUGAAGCGAAAGCUGCGCAAUUUGCUGCGCAUUGAAGCGGCAUCCCAGCGGCAGGAUGAGCACGUUGAGCUGACCGCGGACACGAGAUGUGCGUACUGCAAUGAGCGAGUGAUUCUACCUCACCAUAUGGGCUGCAGGCACGUGUUUUGCUACCUGUGUCUGAAGGGCAAUCAGCUGGCGGAUGCUGGAUUCCAGUGUAAUGUGUGUGACUACUGCAGUGAAACGUUCCGGAAGGUUGUUGUAUUGUAGGAUGGAUUUGUUGUGUAUUUAUAAAAAAAAGGUUUAUGGGUGCUAGGGUGUUCAAACAUUCCAGAACAAACAAAACAAAACAAAAAACGGUUGUCCCUAUGUAAUGUGUUGCAGGAUGCCCUGCCGGAUCAACUGUUCGCACUGCAGCUUCGGUAGGUAGUGUUGACUGUUCUUCUUCAGCAGCACUAUUUCCCCACUUUCCAGCUCAAACUUUCCGUAGUCGGUCAGGCAGCGUACCUCGAUGUAGAGGGAUUUCGGCGGUUUGAUGUCGUUCGUCAGAUUCAACCCGUACCCGUCGUGAAUGGAGGCCAUGUACUCCGCCAGUAUGCGCGAGUACUUGUUGAACCACGCCGAUUCCGGAUCGUUGAUGCAGGAUUUGAUUUCGGGCGGCAGGAUUGGACCGACAUGCCAGCGUAGCCGUUUGAGACGAAACAGACGGUUGGACAGGUAGGCCAGGACGCAUCGUUUCUGGCGCUUGAUGAGAUUGUGGCGGUACAUGACGAGUGGAAGCAGUUUCCGGUCACCCGUUUCGUUGAACGUUAUUCUGUUUGGAGCCAGUGGAAAGCGAGUGUUAGCCAAACGGGAAGAAAAUAAUGUGCUGCCGUGAAGUAAAUUCUUACGCAUGUGCAUAAUUUUCUUGAUAGAUCUUUGAAAUGUCCUCUAGAACAGAACGGACGCCAUCAUCCUGGAAAAUAGGGAUUGAAGUUCGGUAAGUUUUAUUGAAAAAAACACCUGUUUUGUUUUCUGCUGUACGUACGUUAAACGCUGGUAUGGGAUCAGUUGACCGUUCAUACUCUCUAAUAAGAUCGAAUCCUUUAUCCGACGACAUUAUUUUAUUUUGCCAACGAACUUAUUGCAUUCGGCCGAUCACUUUUAGGACAA